GUUUCUACUCAAGAUACCCUUUAGAUAUCAGGUUCCAGAUAUACUUACUACCACAAGAUGGCGCCCUCCGCAAUCGACCCUCCGACCUCAACAUCUCUGCCCUCCUCUAUCUCUAGCUAUCGUGGCUAUGACCACGUUCAUUGGUAUGUCGGCAAUGCCAAACAAGCCGCCUCAUACUACAUCACCCGCAUGGGUUUCAAGCGCAUCGCCUACCGCGGCCUGGAGACAAACUCCCGCGCCAUCUGCUCCCACGUCAUUCGUAACGGCGACAUUACAUUUGUACUCACUUCGCCCCUCCGCUCGCUAGACCAAAUAUCCCGGUUCACACCUGAAGAGCAAGACCUCCUGAGAGAGAUCCACCACCAUCUCGAGCAGCACGGGGACGCGGUCAAGGACGUUGCGUUUGAGGUCGACUCUGUCGAUGCGGUGUUCAAUGCAGCGGUGGCGAACGGAGCCAAGGUUGUGAAAGGCUUGACAACAGUGGAGGAUGAGAAUGGGAAAGUGACGAUGGCAACAAUCCAAACGUACGGGCAGACUACACAUACGCUUAUUGAACGAGGCGCGUAUAGAGGAACUUUCUUGCCCGGGUACAGAGUCGAAACAAGCCUCGAAGACCCGAUUUCGGCUUUGUUACCGGGUGUCCUGUUGAACCGAAUUGACCACUGCGUUGGUAACCAGGAUUGGAAUGAGAUGGAUAAGAUUUGUGAAUACUACGAAAAAGCUCUUGGAUUCCACCGAUUCUGGUCCGUUGACGAUAAGCAGAUCUGCACCGAGUUUUCCGCCCUAAAGAGUAUUGUCAUGGCCUCCCCCAAUGAUAUCGUCAAAAUGCCCAUCAAUGAGCCCGCCAAAGGCAAAAAGCAAUCACAGAUUGAAGAGUAUGUCGAUUUUUACAACGGCGCCGGAGUACAGCACAUUGCCCUCCUAACAGACGACAUCAUCCGCGACAUCACGAAUCUUAAGGCGCGCGGCGUGGAGUUUAUCAAGGUCCCUGAUACAUAUUAUGAGGACAUCAAGAUUAGACUGAAGAAGGCUGGAUUAACUCUACAUGAGGACUUUGAGACAAUCCGGGCUUUGGAUAUCUUGAUUGAUUUCGACGAGAAUGGGUAUUUGUUGCAAUUGUUUACAAAGCACCUUAUGGACCGUCCUACAGUGUUUAUUGAAAUCAUUCAACGACACAACUUUUCUGGAUUCGGAGCUGGAAAUUUUAAGUCAUUGUUUGAGGCUAUUGAGAGGGAGCAGGCGCUGCGAGGCAAUCUUGUGUAAACUUGAAUUCCUUCAGACUAUUGUAAUCCUAUUAUCAUUGACCGCAGACAUUUCCGUCU